UCCAUUUAUUUAACUCGAUUUCAUAUUUCUCCAUCCCACUUUCACGCUGUGUGUGAUGUCAGAAAAAUAUUGAAAAAUAUUUUAUUUGCCUUCACGUAAAGACAAAUAGAGAAAAAUAUAUAAAUAUAUUUGCAGCUGCAAAAAUCUGCAACGUGCAAUCGUGCGUCAAAACGAAAAUAACGGUAACGAUAGUGAAAUAAACGAAGAAAAAUCUGGAAUAUUGAUAAUACAUGAAAAGCGGAUAGUGAGAAGGAAAAUAAAAAAAGAAUCAACGGCCAUUGUAAACCCCAUCGGUAGGUCGAGGUGAAGACGACAGCGUCAGAAAGAGUACGGACAGGUGUCUUUUUUUGUUUUAAUAAGAGGCUUUAACUGCGCAUCAUGAAGAAAAUCAUACAACCGGAGACGCGACCCUACUGUGUGCAACCGCGCAAAACGAAGCGCAUAUUAAAUUUGAAAAGCUGCGAGACGCGCAAAAAGCGCUCCGAUCCAUCGACACCCGUGCGACGCAACAUUGUCGACUGUCCCUUCUACACGUUCAAAUACAAAUUCGAUGAGCUGCCGCUGGACCCGGCGAAGGCUUAUAUCGAAGAGAAAAUUGCUCACAUGCAAGUUGAUCAAAUUGUGGGGCGUUGCAAUAAGGAAUUGGAUUUUCAUUUAUAUCACAUGGACCACGUGAAGUGGCAGUAUGAAGAGUGUGACGAUGAUAGUCUGCAGGAGUUGAAAUUGGAGGAUAUUGUGAUGCCACAAAAAUUUGAAAUGCUAAAGGACAAAAAGGAGCACAAAUAUUCAUUCAAUUCAAGGGCCUGCGAUCAAUUUCCAUGGAUUACAAAAUGCUGGGAAAGGAUGGAGCCCAGCGAAGAGACGGUGUUUCGUGUCACCAGCGAAUUACUGCAAAUCUAUUGUGCUCGUCGUGUGCGCAUCUUUUAUCCAGAUAUGCGCACAAAAAGUCAACUGUACACAAAUGAGUUGAAGAAAAUGCAUGGCAGUCCGUCGGAUGUUAUUGGCGGCCUACACACGCAAACAGCGCAACAUUUGCGCACUGAAGCUUUGCGACGACCACGGAAAACGCCGCCAUUCACACCUGGCGAUCAUUAUGCGCUGCGUACGCCUGAAGAAUGCCGGAUCGAGCUAAUACGCAUGGGUAAAGUUAUAGACAAAUUAAUAGAGCCAACAUUGCGACGUGCCAGAGAGAACUUAAAACGCCAGGCAGUGGAGAGUGAGGGUGCGGCAGCAGCAACGACAACAACAGCAAAAGCCACCGCCAAGACAGUCGCCAAGUCGAAGAAAAAGUCCAGCACAAGUGAGCGGGGCGCUGGAGAUGCUUGCACCGAAAAGCAGGUGAAUCGCAUAAUAAAAAAGCAAAAGAAGCAGCCCUGCAAUCGUCGCGAUGUGUUGCUGCGCCCCGCAGAUUUCUCCACCUUCGAAGACUACAUGAAGUGCAUGAAACGCUUUGAGCGCGAACAAUUCAAGUACAUCGAAGGUCUACAACCUGUCGAACCGGAGGAACAAAAAGCAGUCAUACUCGCACGUUAUGAACAGAAAUUGAAAGAGGCUGAACAGAAAUUUACGCUAAAAAUUGAAAAGAGAUACAAAUAUCUCAUGAAAAGUAUCAGCGCUUUGAGUCUGGAAACAUUUCCCUCACACUUGAUUAAGAAAGUUUGGAUAAAAAUCGAUCCGCGUAAUACAUUUUUACAGGAAAUUCAUAAGUUUAUUUUAAAAGAGGAGAAACUUUGGCCAGAAAUUUAUCCCGAGGUCAUGCUCUUGGAUUAUCUCUUCAAUGGCGAGCGGCAAAUUAAUGCUACUGUCGCCGUCUUAAUUAUAUCGUGCAUCAUAGAUCUACAAGAGGAUUUUCGGUAUUACGUGAAACGUAACUUUCUACGCUAUCUACUCAAAUCACCAUUGGAGCGUAAACGUUUGCAAUUGGAAAUGGAGCCACCCGACUUUCCGCUGCUAAUCAUACGUGGUCCAGUGCCAUACAAAGUGAAUGUACAGUUAGCACGUAAUCGUCUAGACCAACUUUUAAUGGUUACACAUCCAAUUAUACGGGCACUCAAUCAGCUGUGGCAUCAAUUAUACAACGAUCUAGUCGUCAUAGAUGUUUCGAAGAUCUUUCUGCGUGAUCAACCAAUGACCGCGGAUGAAUUAAUAAGUUUUGUUGAUGACAGCUGUGAGGUGAUACGUGACUUACUACUAAACGACUGGCUACCUCGCUGCGCUGAUUUGGUAGAUGUUAUGCGUCGCACCUGGAAGGAUUUGGUGCCCAUGAAUCAGCGUUACGGUGGACGUGCGGCUGUUUUAUUCAAUUGUGUGCAUGCGCUAAUGUCACAUCAUUUGGAGGGUCUGAUCACGCGCAGUAUUUCUGUGCUCUACACGAACUUAAAGCGAUAUGAGGAAGGCAACAAUAUUGAGCACUAUCAAAUGUACGACCAGAAGCUUAAACGACGUCCACUUAUGACAUUGAUCUUCUCCGUUGUUGGUGCACACUUUGACGAGCGCACCGAUGAUCGUGAUACCACCACACCGAUCUACACGCAUGAUGAGGACGAUGAUGCUAGUCCGUUUUAUCGACGUCCCAGUGUAGUCUUUGAGAGUACGCCAACUGAAUUGAAUCCGGCUUGUGAAUUUGUGCUAAAGCACGAAGGAAAAUUCUUCGGCUAUCCCUACAUCAACGAACUGCCAGAAUUGUAUAUUGAUAUCUUUAGGAAAAUAUUGCGUGUUGGCUAUCAUAUACCACGUUUGGAGUAUUUCAUGUCAAGAGAUGAAAGCACGCUUGGCUACUUGCAUGUUGUCGAUGAGUCGCAUUGCGAUAUGAAACGUUUAUACAAAAAUGUCACUCAAAUUGUUGAGAACAAUUGGAGUGGUCUCCGUGUGUAUUUGUAUCCAAUAUUCAAAUAUUAUUAUGCUUUAUUCACGAAGAAAAUGUUGCCAAUUGUCGAAAAGUUGUUUACGCAAAACACCAUUCCUGAUUUGUUGCUCGUUGAGGACUUAAUGAAACGUCUGAUGGCCAUCAUACACAGCACAUAUAUCCUACGCGACUUCAUACCGCUCAAUCUUUUCAUGCUGGACAAUCGUCAUGUGAAGAACACCAUUGUCAUGUUGGUCCAACAAGUUUACGAUUUCAUUAUAGACUACUACAAGGCGGUUAAUAUAAAUGAGAAUCGCGCCAUCUGCGAUGCACUCGAGGAGAUGUCAAUGAAAGCUGGCGAGCGACCUGAAGAGACACCAGAGGUGGUGGCAUUACAAAACUAUUUAACCGAAUGCCGUGAUGAGAAAAUAUUUGCAAUAAAAGAUGAAAUCAAAAUAGUGGCGCGUCGUGUGAUAUUCCUGCUGACACAUACAAUAUUGGAUAGUGAUCACAUUCAUCUCAAUUCACGCACCUUCAUAUUACCCAGUGAGCUGGAGGAAGUACUGGACUUAAGUGCGGCGCGUUUGAAUGUUGUACGCGAAAACUUGGAAAUGGCUUUGCGUGAACGUCGCAAAAAAUUCGAGGAAUUCAUUUUGUAUGAAAAGCGCCGCAUGGAUGGUUUUCGUGUCAAGGAAACGCGUGAAGUUAUGUCAUUGGAGGAAUUGAAGGAAAGAGUUGACACUGUGGAUGAGUUGUAUGAAAUAAUUGAGAACAUGAGUCGCGAAGCGCGAGCCAUAAAUGUUGAGGAACAAUUACUACAAAUCGAUAUCUCACCCUUCCCGGUACUAGCCGAAAUAGUUGAGAAAAUGGAACCAAUCGAAAAAUUAUGGAAGACGGCUUACGAAUUCGAAAAAGACUAUCAAGUUUGGAUGUACGGCGAGUUCCAAUGCUUGGACGCCGAUGCCAUACGCGAAGAAGUUGAGGGAAUGCAUCGCAUCGUGUACAAAUUAUCCCGCCAGCUGGCCAACAAUCCGGCAGCGCGCCGUGCAGCGGAACAAAUGCGUAUUAGAGUUGAAAAAUUCCGCGCAUAUCUACCAGUACUCGACGCCAUCUGCCGGCAAGGUCUCACCGAACGUCAUUGGAAACUCAUAUCCGAGCAUUUGGGCGCCGAAUGUAAUCCCCAACUGUAUCCCACACUCAAAGACAUGAUCGAUGCUAAUAUAAUGAACAUUCUUCCGCAACUUGAAGAGAUUUCUAACGCUGCGGGUAAGGAAUAUGAACUCAAUUCCGCGCUCGAUGCUAUGCAGGGCGAUUGGAAGGAUGUCGCUUUUGAAGUGUUGCAAUAUCGUGACUCCGAUACGCAUAUACUCUCUGCAUUGGAUGAUAUACAAACACUAUUGGAUGAUCACAUAAUGCGUACGCAAGCAAUGAAACGCUCGCCAUUCAUAGUGGCGCUCGGCACAAAGGCGGAUGAUUGGGAGGGAAAACUUUUGCUCAUACAAAAUAUUAUCGACGCCUGGACGCAAGUGCAAGUAACGUGGAUGUAUUUGGAGCCGAUUUUCAGCUCCGAGGAUAUCAUGCGGCAAAUGCCGAUAGAAGGACGGAAUUUCAAAUCGGUCGACAAAACUUGGCGUAAGAUCAUGAAACACACCUGUCAAAAUCUAAAUGUUUUGGUGGCUACUGAAUAUCCGGAUAUGCUUGAGACUUUCUUGAAAGCGAUGGAAGAUUUGGAAACGGUGCAGAAAGGUUUGAAUACAUAUCUGGAGCAAAAACGCUUGUACUUCGCACGUUUCUUUUUCUUAUCCAAUGAUGAAUUGCUCGAGAUACUCUCUGAAACAAAGGAUCCGUUGCGUGUGCAGCCGCAUCUACGAAAAUGUUUUGAAGGUAUUGCGCGUCUCACCUUCGAUGAUCAAAUGGAAAUAACAGAGAUGAUAUCAGACGAGGAUGAGCAGGUAUCUAUGGUGCGGAAAAUCAACCCAGCUUUGGCGAAUGGACUUGUUGAAAUUUGGCUAAAGGAGGUCGAAAAUGUUAUGCUAGCAAGUGUAUUGGAGCAAAUGAGAUUAGCUUGGGAAGAUUAUUUCUUAAUAGAACGCAUUAUAUGGGUCACCUCAUGGCCAGGCCAAGUGGUGCAGAGUAUUUCCUGUAUGGCUUGGACAUUCGAGGUCGAAGAGGCGUUUAGUGAAAAUGCUGUACCCGCCUAUUUAGAGAAAUGUAAUGGGCAAAUCAGCGAGCUCGUGCAAUUGGUAAGAACUGAUUUGGCAACCGGCACCCGGUUGACGAUCGAGGCUUUGAUUGUACUGGACGUGCAUGCACGUGAUGUUGUUAAAUAUCUGAUUGACGUGAAUGUGGAAAAUAUUACAGAGUUCGAUUGGAUCUCCCAACUGCGUUACUAUUGGCGAGAAACAGAGAAGGGCGAAGAGUGGGUCUGUGUUAGUAUGGUUGUGACAGAUGUCAAAUAUGGCAUGGAAUAUUUGGGUAAUAAUCCCCGCUUAGUUGUGACGCCGCUAACUGAUCGUUGCUAUAGAACGCUGAUGGGCGCAUUAAAAUUGUGCUUAGGUGGGGCACCAGAAGGACCAGCCGGUACGGGCAAAACGGAGACGUGCAAAGAUUUGGCCAAAGCUGUGGCGAAGAAAUGUGUUGUAUUUAACUGCUCCGACGGCUUGGAUUACAAGGCAUUGGGCAAAUUUUUCAAGGGCUUAGCACAAUCUGGCGCCUGGGCUUGUUUCGAUGAGUUCAAUCGCAUUGAAUUGGAGGUGCUCUCGGUGGUGGCGCAACAAAUUCUAACCAUACAACGCGCCAUCGGUCGCAAGGUGGUGAAAUUCUUUUUUGAGGACACGCUGCUGCGCUUGGAUCCCACAUGUUCCAUAUUCAUAACAAUGAAUCCCGGCUACGCUGGUCGCACAGAACUGCCCGACAAUUUAAAGGUGCUCUUCCGCACGGUGGCCAUGAUGGUACCUGACUAUGCGAUGAUUGGCGAAAUUACAUUAUAUUCGAACGGUUUCGAUCAGGCGCGUAUGUUGGCGCAAAAAAUCGUGCAUACAUAUAAAUUGUGUUCAGAGCAACUAUCAUCACAAUCGCACUAUGAUUACGGUAUGCGCGCUGUUAAGUCCGUACUGUUGGCAUCUGCUUCACUUCGUCGUCUUUAUUCAAAUUUGCCUGAAGCACAAAUUGUAUUGCGCGCCAUUGUUGAUGUGAAUUUGCCUAAAUUCUUGGAACAGGACGUUUCGCUCUUCAUUGGUAUUUACAUGGAUUUAUUCCCUGGUACCGAAUUGCCCGAGCCCAAGCGUGAUGAUAUUUUAAAGUGGCUACACAUAAAUUUGAAAGAACAAAACUUACAGCCAACACCUUGGUUCAUUGAAAAAAUCCUGCAAAUCUACGAAAUGUUGCUUGUAAGGCAUGGACUAAUGAUUGUUGGUGGACCAAUGGGUGGUAAAACGACGGCUUAUCAGAUGCUCGCACUCUCUCUGCGUUGCGUUAGUCUCGACCCGGAAGCCACACUGAAGGAGUAUCCCGUCAAUUAUCGCAUUAUCAACCCAAAAGCUAUUACCAUGGGUCAACUCUAUGGUCGCUUUGAUCCCGUCUCACACGAAUGGUAUGAUGGCGUAUUGGCUAAAACUUAUCGUGAAAUGGCAACCGCAUCGACAAGUGAACGUCAUUGGGUCUUCUUUGAUGGGCCUGUCGAUGCUGUUUGGAUUGAGAACUUAAAUACCGUCUUAGAUGAUAACAAAAAGUUGUGUCUCAUGUCGGGUGAAAUUAUACAAAUGACGAAAACAAUGAAUAUGAUGUUUGAACCAGCUGAUUUGGAGCAAGCUUCGCCGGCUACUGUUUCACGUUGUGGCAUGAUCUAUAUGGAACCGUCACAGUUGGGCUGGCGUACUUUCCAUAAGAGUUUUUUGAAUGUCUUAACUGAGACGAUGGGUUUGAAUGAGAUCUAUAUGACAUUGUUUGAUGAUAUGGUGGAAUGGUUAAUACCCGCCGCUUUGGCUAUACUCAAGGAAUGCAAGCAAAUGGUUGAGCCAUCGCCGAUGUAUCAGUAUAAGAUGUUUUCACGCUUCUUCAUUCACUUUUUGGAUAAACACAAAACAUUCAAUCAAGUUUGGUUCCAGCAAACAUUUCUUUUCUGCUUUGCUUGGGCAUAUGGAUCGGCUCUUACAGUUAAUGGUCAAAAACACUUCGACACGCUCAUACGCAAAAUACUCUACGGCAGCAAUGAGGAGUAUCCACGCCCCAAAUACUUCUCGCUCAAUCGUGGACAAAUGUUUCCCGAAAAACUUUCACUUAUGGACUAUCGUUUCGAUGAGGUGGAGAAUUGGUGGACAUGGCAAAAGUCCACAGAUGAUCCCACCGCACCGGCAAAUGUCUUCCCCGAGCGUGCCAUCAUCAGUGAACUCAUUGUGCCGACAAAGGAGUCCGGUCAAAUUACCUAUUGGCAAGAGUUUUGCAUCAACAAAUCCUAUCCGAUGCUGGUUAUUGGGCCAACAGGCACUGGGAAGAGUGCUGUCAUUAUAAGCAAUCUCAAUGCUUUACCGAAGAAUACAAAUCUCGUCAACAUUGUAAACUUUUCGGCACGCACAAGUGCACAGCUGGUACAAGAAACCAUCAUGUCAAAAUUGGAUCGGCGACGAAAAGGCGUUUACGGUCCACCGCUGGGCAAAAGGUGUUUAAUAUUUUGCGAUGAUGUCGCCAUGCCAUCAAAGGACACAUACGGCUCACAGCCGCCACUCGAAUUGCUGCGACAAUGGUUGGAUCAUGGUUACUGGUCUGAUUUGGUCGAUACAACAAAAAUUGAACUGGUCGAUAUGAGCUUCCUCGGCGCCAUGGGUGUACCAGGUGGCAGUAACUUUAUCUUCCCACGCUUCUAUCGGCACACAUUCCUCGUCAGCGUGGACUCGUUCGAAGACUCGACUAUCAUUAAAAUAUUUACAGCAAUUGGUGAUUGGCAUUUCUCCAAGGAUUAUCCGGAAAAGGUGGCGUUGUUAUCUCGGGGUCUCGCCGAAGCAAUGGUCAAUGUUUAUCGACAAGCUUUGAGAGUUUUCCUACCAACACCGGCGAAAUCUCAUUAUACAUUCUCACUACGUGACAUCACACGCGUCUUUCAGGGCAUUGUCCUCGUGCCGGCCAAAAGGUUGCAGGAAGUUGAGAAGCUUGGCCGUUUGUGGGCACAUGAAACGUAUCGUGUGUUUUACGAUCGACUGAUUGAGAAACGUGAUCGUGACGCACUACUGGACAUGAUAAGCAACGCGUGCAAAACAAAUAUACGCUUCCCCCUGGAGCAGGCCUUCGCCGACCGCAUGUCCGAGUCGGGUGGCAAAGUGAGCGAUGAUGUUUUGCGGAAUUUAUUUUACGGUAAUUAUUUGGAACCAGAUGCGGAUCCGAAAAUUUACGAUGAGGUCGAAAGUUAUGAUAAAUUGGAAAAACUGAUGCACUACUAUCUGCGUGAUUAUAAUACAUUCUCACAUACGCCAAUGGAUUUGGUUUUGUUUCGCUUCGCCAUCGAGCAUAUAUCGAGAGUCUCACGUGUUUUGCAAAUGCCGCGUGGCAAUAUGUUGAUGGUCGGUAUGGGCGGUUCGGGACGUCGCAGCUCAUGCAGAUUGGCUGCCAGCAUCGCUGAUUGCCGACUGAUGACGAUUCAAGUGACAAAGACAUAUUCACAGACCGAUUGGCGCGAUGAUCUGAAAAGGAUACUGAUGACAGCCAGUUUCAAUAUGAAUCAUACGGUAUUUCUCUUUACCGAUGCACAGGCUAUCGAUGAGGGCUUCAUUGAAGACAUUAAUGGCAUACUUAACACCGGCGAUUUGCCCAAUCUAUAUCAAUUGGAGGAUAAGGCAGCAAUUAUGGAGAAUAUGACGAGCGUGGCAAAACAGCUGGCGAGACAAAUUGAAAAUUCCCCAUCGGAGAUGUAUGCAUACUUUAUCGAAAGGAUACGUGAGCAAUUGCAUAUAGCAUUGGCAUUUUCACCGAUUGGUGAUUCCUUCAAGGAGCGUUUAAGAAUGUAUCCAUCAUUGAUAAACUGUUGCACGAUUGAUUGGUUCAUGCCCUGGCCCGUUGACGCCUUGGAGCGUGUUGCUGAAUAUUUUAUCAGUUCAAUGAAAUUGGGUCAGGCGCAGGAGCAGGCUGAGUCCGGUGCCGCGGAGCAAGCGUCAGUCGAUACCGCAGAAUCGGAUGACAAGAAGAGCGACAAUGUUGAGGAAAUUGUGCUCAGUGAAUUGGAAUUGGAGCUGGUACAAAUUGUCAUGUAUUUCAAUAAUUCCGUCUUCGAGGCGAGCGAACGCUGCUAUUUGGAAUUGGGGCGCCGCAAUUAUGUGACACCGUCGUCAUACUUGGAGAUGCUUAAGUCCUUUAAAAGUUUCUAUGUAAGGAAAUUGGAGGAAAUUACGAAAUUGCGUGAUCGCUACACCACCGGUUUGGAGAAACUGGAUUUUGCUGCUGGGCAGGUGGGUGAAAUGCAGGCGAAUCUUUAUGAUCUGCAACCCAAACUGAAAAUACUUUCCGAGGAGACAGAACGCAUUAUGGUAAAUAUUGAACGCGAAACAGCGGAGGCGGAGAAAAAGAAGGAAGUAGUGGGUGCUGAUGAAGCGGCUGCCAAUGAAGCUGCCGCAGCCGCACAAGCGAUUAAAGAUGAUUGCGAAAGUGAUCUGGCCGAAGCAAUACCGGCACUGGAAGCGGCACUGGAGGCAUUAAAUACACUUAAGCCGGCUGAUAUAUUCAUUGUGAAGUCAAUGAAAAAUCCGCCAUACGCGGUUAAGUUGACACUGGAGGCUGUGUGCGUGCUGCGUGGCUUUAAGCCAGAUCGUAAGCCAGAUCCAAGUGGACGCAUGGUUGAAGACUUUUGGGGGCCCUCCAUGCGCAUGAUAGGUGAUAUGAAAUUUCUAGAGUCGCUAAAAUCUUUUGAUAAGGAUAAUAUACCGCCGGCGAAUAUCAAGAAGAUAAGGGAGAAAUACAUACCCGAUCGUGAUUUUGUGCCUGAGAAAAUCAAAAGUGCCUCCACAGCCUGUGAGGGUCUCUGCAAGUGGGUGCGUGCCAUGGAUGUUUACGAUCGCGUCGCUAAGAUUGUGCAGCCCAAGCAGCAAGCUCUAGCCGAAGCUGAAGCCGAUUUGGCCUCACAAAUGGAAAAACUGAAUGCGAAGCGUGCCGAAUUGCAAGUGAUUUUGGAUAAAUUGCAGAAGCUGAAUGACUUCUUCGCAGAAAAGUCGCGUGAAAAGAAGCGGUUAGAGGAUGAAAUUGAUAAUUGUGAAAAGAAAUUGAAUCGCGCUGAGAAGCUUUUGGGUGGCUUGGGCGGCGAGAAGACACGUUGGUCGGAGGCAGCGCAGAACUUACACAAGUCCAUUAGUAACAUUGUUGGGGAUGUUUUGUUAGCUGGCGGUGCGGUGGCCUAUUUGGGAUUCUUCCCAACGGAGUAUCGCGCACGAAUUUUGGAGGAUUGGAAUGAGCUGUGUGUACGUAAAAAAAUUCCCUGUUCGGAGAGAUUCUCAUUGGCCACCACAUUGGGGAAUCCAAUGCAGAUACGCGCCUGGUCAUUAGCCGGUCUGCCGGCUGAUAACUUUUCCGUAGAGAAUGGCAUUAUUGUGGCUAACUCGAAUCGGUAUCCGCUAAUGAUAGAUCCACAAGUACAAGCAAAUAAAUGGAUUAAAAAUAUGGAGAAGGACAACGAUCUGAAAGUAAUUAAACAAAGCGAUCCCAACUACAUGCAAAUACUGGAACUCUCAGUGACGUAUGGAAAUCCGGUACUGAUUGAAAAUGUUGGUGAACGUUUAGAUUCAAAUUUGACGCCAAUCCUAGAGAGAAACGUAAUUAAACACAAAGGUGGUCUCUUUAUUAAAAGCGGUGACACUAUGCUGGAAUAUAAUCCGAAUUUUCGUCUGUAUAUAACAACAUGUUUGCGGAAUCCACACUACUCACCGGAAAUAAUGGUUAUGGUCGCCGUAUUGAAUUUCAUGAUAACCGAACAAGGUUUACGCGAGCAGCUGCUCGCCAAUACUGUUGCACGCGAACGUCCCGACCUGCAAGAGAAAAAGGAACAACUGAUUGUUGAGUCUGCGAAAAAUCGUGAUGCUUUGUAUACAAUUGAGUCGAAAAUUCUUGAGGUACUCUCCUCCUCGGAGGGCAAUGUACUGGAGGACGAGAACGCCAUCAACAUCCUGUCAUCAAGUAAAAUACUAUCGGAGGAGAUCCAAGAGAAGCAAGUAAUCGCCGUAGCAACUGAGACGGAAAUUGACGCUGCACGCCAACAAUACGUACCGGUGGCCAAACAUUCCGCCAUACUCUUCUUCGGCAUCAGCGAACUGGCAAACAUCGAUCCAAUGUAUCAAUACUCGUUGGCCUGGUUUCUGAAUCUAUUCGUCAAUGCAAUAGUGAAGGCGCCGAAAUCGAAUGUGCUUGAGGAGCGUUUAGAGCAUUUGAAUUAUUACUUUACGAAAUCAAUUUAUCAAAAUGUUUGUCGAUCACUUUUCGAGAAGGAUAAGCUUGUCAUAUCGUUGGUUAUGUGUUUGGGUAUUUUGGUAUCGCGGGGCAAAAUAAAUAAAUCGCAUUUGUUGUUCUUCUUGACUGGAGGCGUUGGCUUGGAAGCGGUGCCGCCUAAUCCGGACAAUAGUUGGCUACCGGAAAAAGCUUGGACACAAAUAUUUCGCGCUAGCGAUAUUGAAGGUCUUAAGGACUUCUAUAAACAAUUUACGAAGGAUAUUCAGCUUUGGAAAGAAUAUUACGAUUUAUCAUCGCCAGAAGAGCAUCCGCUACCAAAACCCUAUGAUAAAAUGGAAGAGAUGCUGUAUUUAAUUAUAUUAAAAUCUCUGCGGCCAGAUAAACUUGUACCUGCCAUUAGGACAUUCAUUACGAACAACAUGGACAAGUCGUUUGUGGAGCCACCACUCUUCGAUUUGAAUGCCUCAUUUCUUGACAGUUCGCCAAGAAUACCAUUGGUAUUCCUACUCUCGCCUGGCUCCGAUCCAAUGGCCAGUCUAUUCAUGUACGCCAAGCAACGUAACAUGUAUGACAAAACCAAAACCAUUUCAUUGGGUCAAGGUCAAGGUCCACGAGCCGAAAAACUGAUUAUGGAAGCAAAUCGCUACGGUCAUUGGGUCGUUUUGCAAAACUGUCACGUCGCCGUCAGCUGGAUGGGCGAAUUAGAGCGUAUUUGCAAUGACACCUCGUUGGCGGAAUCCGCACAUCCCGACUAUAGGCUGUGGUGUACCUCAUAUCCGAGUAAUGUAUUCCCCGUAUCGGUGUUACAGAAUUCGGUGAAGAUGACAAAUGAACCGCCAAAAGGUCUUAAGGCGAACAUGUUUAGGUCAUUCAAUUCGGAUCCUUUAGUACGAGAUAAAUUCUUUACAAAUGCCUUCUUAUACUCGGAUAUGGCAAACAAAUGUUGGCUACGUGGCGUCUUCGCUUUGGUCUUCUUUCAUGCGGUGGUGCAGGAGCGACGUGAAUUCGGGCCGCUCGGUUGGAAUAUACCGUAUGAGUUUAGUGAGGCGGAUUUGAAAAUAUCGCUGAUGCAGCUGAAGAUGUUCAUCGCACAAAGCAAGAGUAUACCAUUCCGUGGACAUGUCUAUCUCACCGGCGAAUGCAACUAUGGUGGGCGUGUUACGGAUGACAAGGAUCGUCGCUUAAUCCUUUCACUGCUCAACAUGAUAUAUAAUCCAACCACAAUCGAAAUGGACAAUUAUCCCUUAUCACUAUCUGACACCUACCGCGUACCGCUAAAUCCAACUCGUCUCAACUCACUCGAAUAUAUUUCAACAUUUCCACUAAGUCCACAUCCGGAAGUUUUUGGUUUACACGAAAAUGCCGAUAUCAAUCGCAACAACAAGGAGACCAGCAGCCUGAUUGGCGGUGUCUUACUUACCCAAACGGAUUUAAUGGCUUCGGUGAAGGCAAGUGGCGCCGCGGGUGGUGCCGGUGUUGAUCCGGCUUUUGCCAUAUGCAAAGAAAUCCUAUCACGCCUACCGCAAGCUUUUAAUGUGGCCGAGGUGGGUCAAAGGUAUCCGGUGAUAUAUACGAAUUCCAUGAAUACGGUAUUGCGACAAGAAUUGAUAAGAUUCAAUCGCUUACUGUAUUACAUACGAAAAAGUCUCGCCAAUGUACAAAAGGCCAUACAAGGUCAAAUCGCCAUGAUACCUGAAUUGGAGCGUACACAUUCGUCAAUGGUGAUUGGUAAAUUGCCCGCCGACUGGUUGAAGAGGAGCUACCCAUCACUGAAGCCGCUUGGCAGCUAUGUUACGGAUUUUCUUAUGCGCUUGGAAUUCUUUCAACGCUGGAUUGAUGAGGGUGAACCAAGCGUUUAUUGGCUAUCCGGCUUUUAUUUCACACAAUCAUUCAUUACUGGUGUACUACAAAAUUACUCGCGUAAAAAUACCCUUCAAAUCGAUAUGGUUGAAAUAAAAUUUGAAGUUACAAAAUUUGAGUCGGAAGUUGAUAAGCUGCCCAGUUUUGGCGCAUUUAUAAGAGGACUCUUCAUCGAAGGCGCACGUUUUAAUCGUGAAACACAAGAAUUGGAGGAGUCCUACUCGAAGAUAUUAUUCGAUACAUUGCCGGUAAUGUAUUUCCGUCCCACCUUGAAACAAACGCAGGAUGAUGGUCAUGGCGGUAAAGAGGAGGCCACCAAAGGACGCACCAUUUACGAUUGUCCCGUCUAUAAGACCAGCGAACGGCGUGGCAUACUCUCAACAACCGGUCAUUCCACCAAUUUUGUGAUGUACAUGCAACUAAAUUGUAGUAAGACACCAAUGCAUUGGAUCAAUCGUGGCACAGCCUCACUUUGCCAAUUGGAUGACUGAGCAGAAUUUUCAACAGAUUAUAUUAUAUUUUUCAUUUUUAAAAGAAAUUUAAAUGUAUUUUAUAUUGGCUUUUCAAAGCGAAAACUUUAACUUCGCUCGGAUUUUGUGUUUAUUUUUAUAAUAAAAA